UUCAUACGGCGUCUGUUUCCAUGGAGACAGCUAAGUCUUUAAAAAUAAAAAUGGGGAUUGUGGUGGCAAAACCAAGGGCCACAAAGAAAGAUGGACAGGAUGGGGCGGCCAAGGUAAAAGGGGCUUGACAGCCUGGCAAAUCCUUCAGUGAAAUGAACGACUGACCAAUGUGUGUGUGUGUAUGUAUAGAGAGAAAUGACUAUUUUGAGUAAUGUGUAAAAGGUUAAUUAUCAUGGCAGGAACCAGCCCCGAUGGCUGAACGUUGUAUGAGUUGUAGUGGAAGCAGAUGAUGUGCCUACUGUAUUUUUUUAAGUUAUUUGAUUGUCCCUCCCCCAGGUUUACUGUGCAGUUUUAGUGUAUGAGACUGGGAUGUCAUCAAUAAUUAAUAAGAAUCACCAGGAUAUCUAAUCUAAACGAGAGUUUGUGGGUUGAAUUUUUUAUAUGCAAUCUUUAGUCCAUUAACAGUUAGAUAUACGUAUUUACAUAUAACUAUAUUAUACAAAAAUGUCAUUGUAAUGUGUGAAAAAUUAAAUGUAGAAAUCCACACCUCUUUAUCCUGCAACUGGGACACUCCAUCAGCUCCCUGUCAAUUAUUGUAAUAAUUUCUGUCAGUGCAGCAAGCAGGGUGCCCCCUAAAAGUUGAUUCUCACGCAUUAUUCGGGUGUGCUUGGGAACACCUAGCACAUCCCAUACACACUUAUGCCUUAUGGGAUAUUUUCUUGGGAGAUCACAGUAUGUGCAUCUGACCAUGCUGCCAGACUAUGAUCAGGGACAGCAAUUAAAGAUUCACCUGGAUUGCUAACAUUAUAUUUGGUAAUGGUUGAGGUACCUACGAUUGCCUUUAUUUUCUUUGAAGUUAUGUAAAUUUCAAAGCUGGAAUGCUUGAGGUUGUUCCCUGCCAUGCUAUUUACUGAACAAUGUUCUACACAUAGAUAUAACAAAAACAGACGUUGUGGCACGCUUAUGCAAUAUAUGAUCAUAUAAUGUAACUAAACCCCCAUUAUAUUUUGCCUAGGUGAGGUGUUUUUAAAUAAAACUAUUACAAUCUCUAAGAUUUUAAAUCAUUUUCUAGUGAAUAAGCGAGUGCGCUGGAUUGUGUAUUUUGUGUGUGUGUGUGUGUGUGUGUGUGUGUGUGUGUGUGAAUAUAUAUAUAUAUAUAAAUAUAUAUAUAUAUAUAUAUAUAUAUAUAUAUAUAAUUAGCUAUUAUUCAAAGAUUCUUCCCUGACGGCCCAUGCCUUUAAGUGCUAACAGCUCAGGUCACCUUACUCCGGAGAGGGGAAAAGGACCUUGGAGGGUUUAGAUCUUCAUCUCUUCCUGGUGUGAAAUAUUCUCCUACAUGCUCCAGCAGUUUGGAGCAUUUCCAUGGGAACCGAGAUUGUUCCCAUACCUCACUGUGCCAGAGCUUGCAAGAAUAGUGUACUUACCCUGCUAGAGUACAUACCACAGGACCAUCAGUUUUUCAAUGCCCCCCUUCCUGGUAAGAAGAAGGGAGGGGGUAUAAAAUUAAUUUAAAAAAAUAAAUCUGACCCCUGCUCCCAAAACGGGCACUAUCUCACCAAACACAUUCCUGGCGCGCACACACUACAUCUAUUUAAAAAUUUUUUUUUAAAAAUGAUCACACACAUACACAUUUACUAGAUCACCUGUAAACACAAACUAUCUGCACACGCUACAUUCCUGACACACUACAUCCAUUAUACACACUCUGGAUUCCCAAUGCAUAGAGUAGAUCCCCUGCACACACCAAGGUGCUAUCUACAACCCCUAUACACACACACACACACACGGUAUAUCCCCCAUCAUACACACACAUUGCCCCCCAUACACAUACUAAAACUCUCUCUUUCACUACAGCCACUAUACACGCAUACUACGCCACAAACAGAACAGCCCAACACCACAGCACAACUGAAACCAACCUAUUUACACAAAACGCUCAGUCUACUUAUAGGCAAUCCCACAAGAAGCCCCCCAACACAUGCACAAUUUUUUUUCCUGGCCGUUUUGUCCUCUGGUAUGCACUUGAGACACCAGAGACAAGUCACAACCAAAUACAGCAUGUCAUUAAAUUUGCUUGCUGUGCUCAAAACAAACACAGGACCUUUUCCUGUGUGAGAGCACUUUAGCAGGGCUCUGCACAUAAACUACACUGGAAGAACAUUUAACUAACAUCCUUACUUUUGGGGGGAAGAAUGUGAUUGUCAUCAAUGAUUACACAACACGCCCCUUUCUACCCCUACUCUUUCCCACUGGGACACUGUGAUUAAAAAAUACCUGGGCCAGAUUUCACCCCCUCAGUCUGUCUCUAAACCACAGAUGUUUGUGAAGAUAGCCUUCAAAAAUGCAGAAAGAAAAUCAAAAAAUUGGCAAUGCUGCCAGCACAUAUUUUAGUUGGCAUUCCGUGACGUUUGUAUAAGCAUGAUCUUUAAAAUCUGUUAUUUUCCAGACAAGUUUAUAUGUUUAAUCUGUUUUAUGGAUAUCUAGAUACUUUACUAGUUUUUGUGUUGUGUUUUUUUCCCCCUCAGCUCACCACUCUUAGCUAUAAUGUCACUUAUAAUGCUUAACCUUUCUUUAGCAUCCAGCUCUUGAUGUGAGCCAGAUGUGGGAUGAAAUUAAUAGAUUGCCUCCUGUCAAACUACCCGAUUCCUCUCUCCCACCAGUGAACAAAGGCUGGGCUACUGUGAGAGUGUUUGUCUCAUCCACCUUUGAAGACUUUAAUUCUGAGAGAGAAGUUUUAAUAAAACAGGUAACAACAGAAGUCUUUUAGAGAUCCAAUAUGUGUCAAGCUGUUUAUACACAUUUACAGUAUAAGUGGUGGUAGGACAAAUGGUGUAUUUUUUUUAAUUGUGCUGCCCUAGGCGUGAUGAAACUCGGGCACCCCUAAUUUAAAUUGCCCCAUCUCUUCCUGUCAAGGCCACACUUCUUCCUGUUAAAGACCAACACACAAUUUAACAGACACACACCUUCACUGAUGCAUGCACUGAUAUACAUACACUUACUGACACAUACAGUUAUUGGCACACUCACUGAAAGACACACACUGUUUUACACAACUCUGACUGGUUUGACACACUCACUGAUUUGACACACUGACAGACAGACAAUCAAAGAACACUCACUGACAGACACACACACACACACACUCAUUCACAGACACGCACUGACAGACAUACACACAUUCACCGACAGACUCACACACUGAUACGGACACAUACAUUUUCCCCCAACAUUCACAAAUUAUUAUUAUUAUAAUAACUUUUUAAAUUUAAAUCCACCCAGCCACCCUACCUUUUGGCGAGCUGGAGAGGAUUCUUUACCUGGGGUCCUGUGGGACUGCUGGGCUGGCAAUUGGGCGGGCAGGUAGGCGCGUGCAAAGUAGGUGGCGAGGGAGCUGUGAUCUUCUUGCUCUGUUCCCUUGAGUGCUGCUAAGCAGAGCAGGAAGAGCUCACAGACCAGAUCUCCCUCGCCGCCCGCCUGUAAUAAAACUGUUUGCCUGCCUUGAGGAGGGCCCAAAGAUGGCCAGCCGGCCAGCUCUUGCCCUCCCCCAAGAUAUGAGGAUAGCAAGGCAUCUGCCAAGGCGUUUGGGGCUGUUGUUUUUUGACAGCCGCUGGAAAGGGCCACCCAAGGCAAAUGUUAGCCUUGUGGUAAAUACAUCUCUGGGUAGGACACAGGUGGGAGAUUUGGUUGUGGAAGAUUAUCUUGUACAAAGUUUUCUUGGUGUGCUUUGAAUUAGUGUUAGUCUUCUUUGAAAAGGAAUUAGUGAUAGAAAACAUGUAAAUGUUUUUAGACCUAAUUUAAUAUUUUGGAGUCCAACAUAUUGCCAAAUCUAGGCUACAAUAGUUGUAGAAAAAUCUCCAACUAAGGUCUUGAUUAAUAAGCUUUCCAAAUGAUUCAAUAUUGUCCAAAUUAUUUAUCUACAAAACUUUCAACAUUAUUUAUCUACUAAAAUGUAAUGGUGACUUCUAUAGCUAAAUCAUGGAAUAACAGUACAGUAUUGAAUCAUUUGGAAAACUUAUUAAAUCUAAGCAUAUGUUGUUUUGACACAAGUCACUGUAUAAAAAAAGUAUUAUUAAAGGAACAGUCCGCAAACAUAAAAUACUUCAGCUUUAUGUGUCUGGAGUCUCCAACAUAUGUGACAGUUUAUAAAGUGCAGAUAUCAAUAGAAAACAAUAUUUUUGUAUAGCUGGGGCAAAUAUACCUCCCUGGCUGUCAAUCAGAUUCUCAGCUCCACCAUAACGGAUGUGGCAGACGCGCUAUGCAUCUGUCCUUCUGAGUGAGGUGUAUUACAUCUUAUUAAGAAGCAAUGAAAAGCGCGAUCGUGGGCUAUAGUACCGAGACUUAUCAGUGGGAAGCCACUGACUGGAGUAUUCCCUGGCAAAGACUGAAAGCCUGGGCUGUGGAAAAAGAGGAGGGAUUGCAAAUAAAUCUGUAGAUUUUCACCCAAUGAAAAAAAAUGCAUGUUUUCAUUGGCUGUAUGUUUACAAUAUAGUGAUUUAAAAAGAUGGCAAAUGAGUGUUCCUUCAAUUGAUUCAAGUAUGGUGAUAAAUGUUCAGAUAAACCUGAUCCACGUUUGAUUUGGCAGGCUUCUGAGCAGAAUUGCAUAGCCAUGAUCAUAGAAUCACCAUAACAGAUUGGCCGUGAUUUCAUAUUUUUGGAUAAACUUUUUUAAACUGAUUUAAUAUUAAAAUAUAUAUAUAUAUCUCAAUAUGAUUACAUAUGAUGUGUUUUUAUAUUUAAAUAUUUUGAAAAAAAUCAUUGUAAAAGUUUUAUCCAAACAUAUGGCAUAAUUUAAAAAGCUUAUCCAGAUAUAUGGAUAACCUGUCUCCAUACUUUGUGCAUUUCUUUUAUAUGUAGUCAUAAGCUUAUACAUUGUAUUAAAAGGAUAGAUUGUUUCCUGACCUAUCCUUUAUGUUUAAAUACAUUUGUUAUAGGGUGAAGGUUAUAUAAAUUGUAUGGUGUGAUAAUUUUUUUCUUUGUGCUUUUGAUGUGUCUCAACAUGAUGGUUGGGGUUGGUGGCACUUAAAUACAAUGCCAGUUUUGUAAGUUGUCUUCUACGUAAUAAUGUCCCACAAUGGGUUUUUUUUUCAGGUUUUCCCAGCACUGAGAGAGUGGUGUGAGUCCCUCAGUAUGUGCUUGGUUGAGUGUGACUUAAGAUGGGGUAUUCCUCAGGACACCCCCUCAGGCAAGAUACUCAACACUUGCCUUGGUGAGCUGGACCGUUGUCACCAAGAUACACGGGGAAUGCCUCUUAUGGUGAUACUGUUGGGCCAACGGUAAUUUUCCAUUUAUCUUUUUUUUAUACAGUUGAAGUUAUUACCGCUAAUCGGUUAAUGCAUAUGACACAGGUAAUCUGUUUUCUUUCUCCUUGCCAAUAACCAUUCUGGGUUUAUCAGAAAUUACUGUUCGAAUUCAAUAUUAACUCUCUAUCGGGAACAUAUAUCCUGUAUGCAUAGAAAGGCACAUCUGUCAUGAUCUUGUGCAGGUCAGAUAGGAGACUUUGGCCAGGGUUUUUAUUUGAGACUUUAUUUGUGCUUUUAGACAUAUUAUGCAACUUGAGGGAAAACAGACUUUAGGCAAUAUGCCACAAAACAGAAUACUUGCCACAGAACAGGUUACUUGCAAAUAAAGAAAGUCUGUGAUCUCCAGGUAGGGUUGAUACAAAGGCAGGUUGGUUUCAGAGGCAGGCUGGUUAUAGAGGCAAGCUGGUUACAAAAGCAGGUUUGUAACACAGGAAGUCUGGUAACAGAGGCAGAGGUCAAAAUCAUACAUCAGAGUGUAGCAGGUUGGAAGGUAAGUCUGGAGCAGGUUGGUAUGGAGCAGGAAUGCGGGUAAAUCUGGAGCAGGGUUGAAGGCAAGUCUGGAGCAGGUUCACAUGAGCCAGGAACUGAAGUCUUUCAGGCAAAUCACCAACUUCAAUGUAAAGACCCUGUUGUGAGCAGGGUGUAGUCUUAUGAAGCCUCUUCAUUAGUCCAGGCAGGUGAGGAUGAUAAGGUGACUGAGGAGAUUAGAGGCUAGGGAGGCCACUAGAGGCAAGAAACAAGUAUUGCAUGAAAUAAUAACAGAAGCAAAUGAAACAUGUUCCUGGUUGUCAGGAUAGGAUCAUGACACAUCCCUGAAAACGUAUCAGAAAAAUAGUUUUUCCCAGUGGCUUUAAAAUUGAUCACUGACAACACUUUUUGUCGCAAUGCUUGAUAUGUCCUAAAUCGCCGCCAUUGAGACAUUGUUUAAUAUUUAGAAGGCAAGAUAGAAUAAUCUGACUACUUAUGUUUCUAAGAGACCACACGGCUCACUAAUCUACACAUUUAGUACUCCCGGGGUCAUAGACUUUUUCUAGCUGUUUGGCAAUGGAAAAAUUAAGUGUUUAAAGGGACUCUCCAGUGCCAGGCAAACAAACCGUUUUCCUGGCACUGCAGGUCCCCUCUCCCUCCCACCCCCCAUCCCAAGUUGCUGAAGGGGUUAAAACCCCUUCAGUGACUUACCUGUAUCCAGCAUCGAUGUCCCUCGGCGCUGGUUCAGGGUCCACCCACGCUCCUCCCCCGCCAUCAUCCGGCGGGGGGAACCUAUUGCACAUUAGACCUCCCCAUAUUAAAGAAAGGAAGAUCCUGAGAGCAUUAUUUUUUCUCCAUACUGCACGUGCUGUUCGUUUAAUUGACACAGUGUUUAUGGUAUUCUGAGCAGUAACAUCAUUACUAUUCAGCACUCCUUUGGGUGCCAGAUUAUGUUGAUUCAUUCUGCUCAGCAACCCCUAAGAUCAGAUAAAGAGUGCAUGUAUACUGAGUUACUAAAACCACAGCAAAUCUCCGUGCUGUUUCCGUAUAGGUCUGGCCCUACGUUCCUUUCCAGCCUGUCACAGUAUUUCAUCUAUUAGCCUUUUGUUUUUCCUUUUUUUGGGGUAUAUGUUUGUUAUUUAUCAUUUUCACAUUUUUUUGGAUCUUAAUAAAGUAAUAAAAAUUACAUUUUAACAUUCAAUAUUCAGUUCAAGGGACGCCCUAACUGUUGACCUUAUGGGCCUAGUGCUCUCAGGGUCUUCCUUUCUUAUCUAUAGUACUUUAGUAAGGGUUAUCCCCUAUAGGCUCGUCCCUGACACACGACUACUAGUUCCCCCAAGGGGCUACUAGAUUUCAGUUCUCCCCAUAGGAAAGCAUUGAAAAAUGCUUUCAAUGCUGGCUGGAGGUCCUCACAUAGCGUGAGGACGUCCAGCGACACUAUAGCACACAGAAUGUGUGCUAUACACACGGAAGUGCCCUCUAGUGGCUGUCUAGUAGACAGCCACUAGAGGAUGAGUUAACCCUGCAAGGUAAAUAUUGCAGUUUAUGAAAACUGCAAUAAUUACACUUGCAGGGUUAAGGGUAGUGGGAAUUGGCAUCCAGACCACUCCAAUGGGCAGAAGUGGUCUGGGUGCCUGGAGUGUCCCUUUAAUGUUGACAAAUCUUUUCUUUUUCAUCUCUUACUAUUGUAUGUAUGCAAUAGUCUUGCUGCUAUGCAGUGCGGUACUGCUCAAUUUAUGUACCACCCACAAAAUUAAAGAAUAAAAAAAAAAAUGUCAAAGUGAUGUAAGUGGCAGAUCAAUGUCUCCAGCAUGAUGUGUGUAGUUACUCCUAAGAAAUUUGCCAUCUUUUUAUAACAAUACAAUUACCAACCUUUUCUCAGAUAAGGAAUUAUUUAAACACAUUUCUUCCAACAUCUGGCCCUGACAAUAAAUACCUCUGAUAGAAAUGGUUUCCUACCAUUCCCCAGAGUGUAUUCAAAACUUGGCAAAUAUACAUUUCGAAUGGAGUUCUCAUGUACCUGGACAUAUGAGAACAAUACAUCAGUGCCCCAGAUAUUGAAAUCCAGCACAUGGAAGAAAACAUAAUAAAUGUAAAAAAAGGCAAGUGGCAAGGGGGGAUAGUAUAAUUAUUAAAAUAAGAGAUAUACAAAAAGGACAAUGACAAUGGAGAGGAGGUGAGUAAUCUUAUUUUUUUUAUUUGGACAGAGGGCAACUUCUAGUCCUGAAAUAUUGUUUGUUGUUUUCGGGACUAUAGGCUUCCUUUUAUAAAUUGGUGACCACAAUUUAAAUUAUACCAUCCAUUACUUAUAUUAAGUUGAGUUCUAAUAGAAAUGAUAGAUAGAUAAAUAGGUAGCUUUCUAUAAAGUGGUGUAAAUUGUUAUUAAAGGACUGGUGAUAACAGCAUUUUAAAUUACUACUCUACCAGUCAUAAUGGGGGAAAAUCUUUCCAAAUCCAUUACAUAUUACUGAAGCAGCGGCUCCAUGCUGUAUGAUUAGUAAUAUGAAACCUGAUGGAUCAUUUAGAAGCAAGCACAAGAUUUGUUAGUGACUUGGUUUAAAAUAUACCCCGACCUCAUUCUAAUCUCUUUGUUUCCCUAACUAAAUUAUAUUGUAUUCGACAUUCAGGUUAUAGUAAACAUUUAUUGCAUUAACAGAGCUUUUCAGGUCAAAGGCAGACAAUAAACACUAUUAAGAUUGGCAUAUGCUUGAUUUUACACAUGAGAAUGUACCUCUUACAAUUCCACAUUGCCACAUGUAAGCCCCCAAACCAAGAAGGUUUGUAGCGUAGCAGUGCAUAGACCUGUAGCUUACACACUGAAAUUAAGGUAUAAGCUAUUUUUGUUAGCAAUUAACAGAGUGUAGAACAUUAUGUGCUUUAUGUGAUGCCUUACAAAUUCAGUACAUUUUCUAGUGAUAUAUCUUCUAUAAUCCAUAUGAAAAUAUUUCUUGUUGCUUACUCAAACAUCAAGCAGAGUAAUAGCAAUUAGACUACUGUGGAUUAAAUUCUCACUUUUACCCAUCUGCUAUUCAGAUACUUAUUCGAAUGGGUGUAGUAAUGUUGGUUCAUGUAUGCUAUAAGUGCAGUCCCUCUGUUUGGCAAAUGUUUUGAACGUGGCUUGGCCAAACACAAUUUCCACAGAAGCCAAAAAGGCCCACUCCCACAGUAUUAUGCAUUCAAAAUAUUUGUACAGAUUCAUUGCAAACAUUCUUGUGUUGCCAUGUUUCUGUUAACCCUUUUCUAUAUUGGUGUGGUGUCCAGGUGUGUGAAUACAGUUGAAUUGUAUGUGGUGUGUGAGAGAAUGCAGUCGUGUUAUGUAAGUAUGUGCAACUCUGCUUUUUCAUCCUUCCUGGACUUCACAUCUCUCACCAACUCCUGAAUUUCAUUCUAACCCCACUCCUUCUUGUAUGUCCUUCACACUUGUGUCUCCAUCCCUGUCAGGAUUGGAUAAUGAUCCCCACAUGCAAACCUAAACUUAGUUGCAAGUAUAAAGGAAUGCGUGUAUUACCAGUCCUUCGUAUGAACACUUAUAUAGUAAAGCAAUGUGCUUAUAGAACACAAGAAUAGUAUUAGACAGAUCAGGGUCAGGAGACAACAGAAAGGCAACAAUGCCAUAAGGAAAGCCAAGGUCCUGACAUACAGAAUAGAGAGUAGUCAAGAUAAAUGCCAAAAGUUAAAACAUGAACAGCCAUUACAGAACACUGAAACGCGCACUCGUGGACAAUAGACUAUGACAGGAUGUGGAUGCCUCAAUCCUAUAGGCCAGAAUCACUAGAGCAACCCCAAAAAUGCGUGUGACCGCAGGGGCAGGAAUGACAUGUAACGUGCAUAAUUUCUGGUAUAGACAUGAUCUUAGGUGGAGUGUUCUGCGUCAAUCACGACACUGGAAGGACCUUGUCUCCCUCCACAUAUCUAUCCUACUUGUCUCCCUACCUCAGCUUGUGUUUAUUCCUUGUACCCUGUCUCCCCAUUUGUGUCUCCUUCUUGCAUCUGCCACCACUCCAAGUUAUGUCUGUCUUACCACCCUCUACCCAUAUGCAGGGCCAGUACAAGGAUGUUUAAUUCCAUGGACCCCCUCUUUGCAUGCAAUUUGUAGUGUUUCGAUUUAAUUUCUCUUCCACUUUUUACUAGCAAAACUGCAAUGGCAUUAUAAACGGUUAUGGCACUAUAACAGCAUUCUUAUUUUUACAUUUUUUUGUUUAACAACAAAUGUAUGAAGUAGAAUGCGUGAAGGCAAAAACAGCAUUGAUACAUGCAAACAUUUUUAGAUAUAAGUAAAAUAGAGAAACAAAAGAGGAAAAAAAAAGGAAAACCACAAUCGAGAGCAAAACUAAUUAUGCAGUAGAGUUAUCAGGACUUUUCAAAUGAUGGGAGUGAUCAUGCACAAGCCCUGUGAGCUUAUCCAUAAGAUAGCUUUUGAUCUCAGAGAUGGGUUGAAACUAUCGAGACACCAAAACCCUUAAAGGGAUCCUAUAAUGCCAGAAAAACAAACCCGUUUUCCUGGCACUAUAGGCUCUUGGAGAGCCCCCCUCCCUCAGCGCUGAAGGGGUUGAAACCCCUGCACCCACUUACCUUAAUCCAGCGGUGGGCCCUGAAUCUCUCCUCCCCCUCCGACGUUCGUUCCCGAGUGGAGCAGAAUGCACAUGCGCAGCCAGAAGCGUGCACAUUCAAUCCUGCCAGUUUCUCUGAAACUGCUAUGUUUUCAGCUGCAGGGUUAAAACUAGGAAGACCUGGCACCCAGACCACUUCAUUGAGCUGAAGUGGUCUGGGUGCCUAUAGUGGUCCUUUAAGGCCACUAAGUUUAUUCUGUUAAAAAGCCUUUGGGGGACUGUCACGCCAAGGGUGCAUAAUUCAUUGUUGCACUAUGAAAUAUUGCCAUUUAAUGUAAUUUGUGAAGUGCAUAGAUGAACUGGCUGCCUGGUAGAGGUAGUAUUGUCAAUUCCAAAAGGGGUCAUGUAAAUUGUAUAGAAAUGUGAAAGGGGCAGAUGGUUUACAAUGUGGAUUGAUACUUUGAUUAAUCAAAAGUACUGCAAGGUGUGACAUUCUACACUUGAUAUGCCUGGAUGUCUAGUACCAAUGUAAACUAACUGACUUUAGUCAUAUGACCUGUACAACUUAAUUGAUGAGUUAAUUUCUUUGAUAUGUUAAUGAUCAUUUGCCUUCAAGAAAACCUUUUAGUUCCCGUAUCAUAUACAAAAGAAACAUUAAUACUUAUCCACAGAAUAAUAAUUAAGCCUCAUUUUUAUUAUAUUUAGAAUGGGACAAGCACAAUUUUCUAAUCAAGCCUAAACAUGAGUUGCAUAACUUACACCGCUGGGCAGGAUUGUGAUGGCUGCUAUAUUGGGUCACAAGUAAGAAGUGUGACAUAUCUAUGGAAUGGAAAAAUGGUUACACAUUAAUAGAUGCAAUUAUUAUUUCUGUGGCAAGUACAAAAGUGGAGAUCAAAGAAAAAGUUUCUAUUUGGAUUGGUGUUUGUCUGGAACACAAGGGGGUGGUCACUUAUUGUCGACAUAGGUACACAUUAUCUCCACCUUUUGGGGCGAGGCUUGGUAAUCCACAGGGUAUAUAAUCUAAGGAUACUGAAGUGUGUAUUAAACUUGCUGGGGCCAAAAUCUAAUUUUUAGUGAGACACCAUCUUCCUUGCCAGAGAUUCCCUGGGCAGAAGUUUUAUUUUGAAAACCUGAGUAAGUGAUUAGGACUUCUGUUAUUUUUUUUAUUUAUAUUUUAUUAGAGUUUUACAGCUCAGAAAACAUGCAUCUGAAUCACAGUAUAUAAAAUUUAUAGUUAUAGUAAGUGUCUACCUUCUGGACCUGCAGUGAGCCGUCAGUUCCCCCUCUGUAGCGGAUCGUUGCCUCUCGGAGCUGUUUAGCUAUUGGUGCAAGUUGUCUCCACAUCAGCAGUACCGCAAAAGGGAUAUCUCCAUAGAUAGCCACAGUAUGUCCCUCAAAUUGUAUGUUGUGUAGUUCCCUUGAACGUGACAGUAUUGUGGUUCGCACCCCCUCGUGCCUAGUCACGACUAUAGUGUCCCUGGGUGAGAAAGAAAGUACUGUACCUGGGUCUUUACUGCUUUGGAGGCCUAUUGUGGCCAACAUAUCUGGCAGCAUGUCAUCCCUGCUGACGCAUUCCGGGAUACCUUGGAGGUGGACAUUCCUCUUCCUGUUCCUCACUUCCAGCACGGUUCUGGUUAGUUUGUGGACCUGUUGUGUGAGGUCUUGUAACUGAUCUUGGGUGGAUUAUAGGGUGCGAUCACUUGUGUAAUCGCGACUGGUUCACUUAUUUACCACUAUAAUGUCUUAAAGCAUAGAACUUAGUAGGGCUAACCAUACAGAUAUCUUAGCCAUAAUUUCAUAUAGUUAGAGAUCCUCUAUUUAAAAUAUAUAAAUAAUUGAGAAUACAAUAUAAAAUAAGGAUUGUCUUGGAAGCAAUAGUUUUGUCUUUUAGAUAUUUGUUAUAUAAAAAUAUAAAUAUAGACAUAUAAAAUCCAUUAUAGCAGAGUUUAUAAGAUUAAAUUAAAUGCUUGCAAAUAUCAUUAGUAGGUUAACAUACCCUUCUGAACAUGUCAGCCUCUAUGUCAUUUUAAGAUGGAGCAGCGUCUGUCUCCAAGUCUCUCCUCUGUGUCUUAACAUUUAAAAGUACACCUAUUUAUACCUUAGGUGUCUCCAUUUUAGGGUUACCGUAGUUCAUAUAUGAAAAAGUAACACUUCUUUUACUUUAUUCAUUUUAGGACCUCCCUUAACUUGGCAAACAUACAAGGCCAUAACUAAAGGUUGCAUACGUCAUGGAAAUUUUCCUGACUUAGUUCAAGAUGGCAUCUUAAAGUCUGAACAUCCUUGUCUACUAAGGUUACCACAGUAUAUUACCUACUGAAAGUGUCGUAGCAUAGCCUUGAAGCUUGUUUAUGCAUUAUUGUUAUUGUAAUUUGUCCCUUACUCCAGCAUCUACAGUAAAUAAUAACAGCAUUCUUUUCAGGAUGGUGUAAUUAGAACAUGAAUGUAGCAUUUUAUCUGAUGUUUUCAUUUAUAAAAUUUUAGUUUUGGUUUGACAGACAUGAACAUUCAUUUGGAAAUAAGUAUGACAAUAAGGCUGAAAUCAAUAAUAAUGUUAAUGCAGAGAUCUUGUAGAAGAGUGUUGUGGUAGCAUAAUUGACUGCAAUAAUAAUGUUAAAUAACAAGUUUGUGUUAGAUGGGGGAAGGGUGGAUAUAAUUAUAGUUUAAGAGGUUUGGGAAUUCCUUUUACCAUAAUUCUCUUAUUUGAAAUCUUAAAGGGACACUAUAGUCACCAGAACAACUACAGCUUAUUGAAUUUGUUCUGGUGAGUAGACUCAUUACCUUCAGGCUUUUUGCUGUAAAUACUGUCUUUUUAGAGAAAAUGCAGUGUUUACAUUACAGCCUAGUGAUAACUUCAUUGGCCACUCCUCAGAUGGCUGUUAGAGAUCCUUCCUGGGUCAUGGCUGCCAAAAAUGCAUCCAAACAUUCAGUAUCUCCUCCUUCUGCAUGCAGACACUGAACUUUCCUCAUAGAGAUUCAUUGAUUCGAUUCAUCUCUAUGAGGAGAUGCUGAUUGGCCAGGGCUGUGUUUGAAUCAUGCUGGCUCUGCCCCUGAUCUGCCUCUUUGUUAGUCUCAGCCAAUCCUAUGGGGAAGCAUUGUGAUUGGAUCAGGCCACCACUUCUGAUGAUGUCAGCAGACUGCUUGUUUUUUUGUGGCAGACAGGGCAGAGCCUUGAAUACAGUAAGAUUUUUACUAUAUUUAUGGAGACAUGAGUGGCCCAGGGGGGCUCGAUGGUGGUGUUAACACUAUAGGGUCAGGGAUACAUGUUUGUGUUCCUGAUCCUAUAGUGAUCCUUUAACUCUUGAAAGGGUAGUGUUUUUUUUUGUUAUUCUUUACAUCCUGUUUUUGUUUGUUCUAGUGCUGGUUGGGUUCCUAUUGUUAGUGAGAUCCCUGAAGACAUUAUGGAGCAGUACUCCUGGAUCAAUGGCAUGUCUGUAACGGCUUCAGAGAUACUUCAUGGGGCUUACAGAAAUCGUAAUCCCAAUGCUGCUUUCUGCCUGCGGGAUCCUUCUUAUUUAGACCAAGUGGCUCAGCAUGAACUGCCUCGAUAUCAGGAGGAAGGUUGGAGCGCACUAAUGUUGCAAUCGCUGAAGGAGCAGGUGUGCAAACGUUUUCCUGAAGAGCAGAUUCUGAAAUAUAAGUGCCAAGUACUGGGCACGGAUACAAGUACUGGAAUAGAUAAGGUAACCAUCUAAUGUUAACUGUUCAGAAUUCAGAUCAAGAAUUAAGGUGGCAAAGUAUUUACUAACAUGCAAAAUGUAAACAGUCUUGGACUUUUUAUUCCAGAUUACCUUCACAUAUCUUUUACUCAUUUCCAUGCUUUUCUGACAUUACUAUUGUUACAGUUGUCUAUAGUACAGAUGUAUGAUACUGCACAUGCCCAGUACAGUAGUAGAACUGCCCAAUAUGAGAACAACUCUACAGUCAGUACUUGUCAAUAUCUAACUAAUUCGUAAUGAGCAUACUACAAACUAGAGUGGUGUGGUCAUCACAAAUUGGUUACAUAUUGACACGUAUUUUGAGGGGGUGGUUAGGAGAAACCCACACGAAUGUAGUAGCUGCUAGUUUAAUAUCGGGAUCAUUAUGUUGACACAUACAUUUGAGCGCCCGAUUAAUGGAUUUAUCCAUUAAGUAAUGAGGAAGUACUGCUUAUGUGAGUGUAGGGCCAUCAUACCUAUGAAUAUACAGUGCUUUUCUGUUGGCUUCAGUUGGAAGUUAAAUUAACACUUCAAAUACCUAAAUCACUUUAGCUUGCUGAAGUGCUUUACACCCUCUUGGCUGUCAAUCAGAAAACUGGUCCUGAAACUUCCUGGUUUGUUUAUCUCAGUAGAGCUAAACACAAGAUUCAGUCAAUUGCACAAAGCAAUGCCUUGCAAAAACUUCACACUGAGCUGCAUUGAGAUUACUGUAUUUGAAGUCUUGGCUCAUGGAAAAGUGAGAAUGGUUUGCUCGGGCUUCUUCUGACCCAUUUCAUUGCUUCAGACAAGAGAUCUGCUGCUUUUUCACGCUGUUUUAGAAAUACCCCUAAUUUAAAAGUGCAUAAUAAAGGCAUGCAUUUUUUCCUUGGGAAUAUAUCUACUAAGUAGAGAUUUUAUUUGGGCAGUGGAGUGUCCCUUUAAGAAUUGGCUUUAGAUUGCUGCAGAAAUCGGAGUAACCUAGUAUAGCAAAUGGGUAGUGAAACUCACAUGGUGGGUUCAUAUAGCACUGAGUACAUCAUUACAUGGUAAUUAUUAAUCAGGUGUUGACAGAUUGCAGAGAACCACAUAGAGUAUGUUAACAUGUUUUUACCGUAUGAUUAGGUUAAGCUGGGCUUUUCUGAUGACUUUGGUUCUUGGAUUCUGCGUUUCCUACAAGCAAGGAUCCUUGAGACAUUCUCGGGUCACUCAGAGGUUUUGUCAACAAAAGAGAAACCUUCUUGGUAAGAUGGAAGUAGAAGUAAUCCUGGAUGAUCUUUUUGUCAUACUGUUUGUUAGAUUUGCAAUUGCAAAAAAAGAGGUCCCUUAAUUGUUUAAUUUCACAAAUUAAUAUUAUGCUUGUUUAAUGUUUUAACUUUUUCAUAUUGAUCAAUGACUUAUGUCUUUUCAAAAAUAUCAAAUAUCAUGUCUUUAAGAGUUCUUCCCAUGAUUCUGUCCUUAGGGAACAGAUUGAGAGUACUCAGCAUCAGUUGUUCCUGUGGCAGAAACAGGAGGUUUUCCUUGGUAGAAAUCCUGAGAUUCAAAGGAUCCUUGAUUUCCUACAGAUGAAGAUGACUGCACAACAGCAGCAACAUAAAGGGUCAGAAGAAGGUGAUAAAAAUCAUACGAUUCCACUUUAUCAGGUGAUAGCUGAGCCUGGUUUAGGAAAAUCCUCUCUGUUAACAGAAUGCAUUAACAGAGCACUUCAGGUGAGUUACAUCAUUUCCUGUAAAUAGCAGAUAAUGUUAGUGAUGGUCUUGCAUCUAGAAGCAAGUUCUACUUGAAUAUCUGUAAACUCACACACACAUAUAUAUAUAUAUAUAUAUAUAUAUAUAUAUAUAUAAUUAUCGGGGUCACUUGUCACCCACAGCUUCCACACUGCACAGUAUUUUACCAUUUUGUUGGCUGCUGUUCCUCUUCAAUCCAAAUUUCCAACAUUAUGAUUCGCCUGUGUUAUCAUCUUUUGCCACCUGGACAAGGUAAGAAGUGUCCAAAGCCAGCAUGGCUCAUUUUAAUGGGGAAUAACUUGUUUAUCAUAGAAGGAAUGUUCGCCAUUAUGGGAUAGUCACAUUAUCUCACUGUAUCAUUUAUUGUUAGCCUUUUUGUUAUUACACUCUUGACCAAAUAUGUCUAUCGCUGUAUAUACUUUUCAUCAGCUCUAUUUUGUGUUUAGAUCGCGAUGAUGCCCUGCAGAGGCUGAAUAACUGUUUGAGAAAUGAAGACAUGAAAGAGAUUUUAAAGGAUCUUUUGGCUUUAUUUCCCAGUUAUCAAGACAAGGCUCUAUAUAUAUUUAUUGAUGCUAUGAAUCAGGUACAUUUGGUGACCUAUAUAUGCAGGUCAAUGCCACAAGCAUAAAGUCAAAAUCUGUGUAAACAACUAUGGCCAUGGUUGGGGGUUUGGGUGGAAUCUCUGGCAGGUACCUCUGUUUCACUUUUCUAAGUUUCCUCGAUUCCUCUGCUUACAGAAGGGUCUACCAAGCCAAAAGAAAUUCAAAUCAUAUUGAUUAAACUUCUUUACAAUGUAAUCAUUAGUGUAGGACACACUUAUACUUAUGUACCCUGAAGCAGUGGUGAGUGUGACGGACCGACUGCACCCAGUCUAGGUACCUCCGUCAAUCGCAGCUUCCUAGUACUUGUGAGUACCAUAAUCACUGCACUGGAACACCAUAACCACCGUAGACCCCAUGAACCGCCGCAGCUUGGUUGGGGUCUCGCCGCCCUCCACCCAUCCCGGACCCAAGACCAGGAUCCAGCUUCCAGUGGGUAGACCUCUCCUAGUCCAGAGAGCAUAGCAGGAACAGGGAACAAACCGCAGCACUUCUGCCCACAGUCGCCGUGGCUUGACUGGGGCCCUGGAACUGCUCCUUCCUGGAACCGAAUGGGAAAUUAGCUCUAGUCCUUACAAGGACUUUCCUCGUUGACACCCAGGUGGACUUUGUUGGGAACAGGGACACAAACUUCCAAACCAAUAACAACACAUUUACAAUGUAAGGUACUCCCACACAAUGCAAACAAUCCCUCCCCUCUGCUUGGGAGAUAAUUGAGUUAAUUACUGUAUCAACUCAAUUAUCUCCAGGCAGACAAAAAAAAACACAUUUCCCAAAAGUACCCCAAAACACAACAUAUCCCAAUAAAAGUCACAGCCGUGAUCUGGGUGAAUAACAUAUCCAAAAAUCACCCAGAUCAGAGCAGGGGUUCAGGAAUUUCCUGGAAGUCAUAGUUUUGACCAACCAUGCACAUGGUCCUAUGCCCAAAACAGUUCCAGGAAAAUCAAUGCUAACAGUCAGUCAAGUUUGGUAGUCUUUUACAGGUUUCCCUGCAGGGCCCAUAGUCUGUGGGCAGGAGGCUGGCAAGCAGGCUUCUCCAGGAGCUCGUGGCACACUCAUUUGGGGAGUGGAGUUUGUCACAGUGAGCUUAUACACAAACUGGUCAUAUGGUGUAACUAAAUCCCAAUAUUUCUUUGCUUAAAGGGACAGUAUAAGCACCCAAACCACUUAAUCUCAUUGAAGUAAUCCACAUUGCCAUUCUGCAGACAGCCAUUAGAGGUGCUUCUGUAGAAAUAGCUGAGUGAAACUUGGCUAUUUCUAUCAGAUGGUCUCAUAGAGACUAUGUGAUUGGUGCAUCGAAACAAUGCUUUCCAAUGGGACAGGUGUAUUGAAACUAUUUUUAUAUGUAUGUAUGUGUGUAUUGUUUGCUAAAUGUGUAGUUAUUAUGGUCCCCAAUUUCUUUGUUUUUUUGGGGGGUGGGGGUUUAAAUAAUUUUUUAUUGCAGAGAUAAUGAGGAUUACAAUAUACAUGAAAUGUAGCUCCAGUAUCAAAAAACUUAUAUAGAAGUGUAUUAAAAGUAAUUUUGUUUGAGAACAAAACCAAACCAAAAACAUAAAAUGUAAAACAAAGUACCAUGUCAUACAUUCAUAUGGACGGUUGGUGUUCUGGAAUAGGAUCAUGAAGAAGCAAGAAUAUAGGAAUAAUGGCCUGACAUCCAAGAGGGCCAGACAUGUUCUUUGAGAGCUCCGGCAAAACGGAGCUUAACUUAGGCUUUUAUUACCUAAAAUCGUGUCACUUGCAGCCUUAUACAAAGAUGGUUAACUGCUGAACUGAGUGGGAACCUAUGGAAACAAAUCACCUGUACAAAUUAGCUUGCCGUGUUAUCGCUGUCGGAACAUGUGGCCUUGCAAGUGCUGUGGCCUGGAGACCGGGGAAGGCGGCUGAUUCCCUGACACGGGAAACACUCUGCACAACUACUCACCUGAUGCCACGCAGCCCCCCCUUGUGAACUUGUGAGGGAUAUCCCGGUCCCCACGGUGGAAGCUUACCACUCUGCAACCGCAAUAUCACCUACAGAAACGGAGCCCUCAUGGCAAAACCAAAAUGGCCGCUGCGCCACUUCCAUCACAGUCUCGAGAGAGCUUUGAGCUGCAGAGAUGGAGAGAGAGCUUUGAGGCUCGAUUUGAUAAACUCUGCCAGGAGUUUUGGAUCCACAUCUCCCACCUUCCUCCCUCCCAUGCAUCACUUGCUCAACCGGAGACUGUGGAGAAAGCUGAGACAGCGGACCACCAAGCCUGCACUGCACACCUGGAGGUAUGUCCUACAAGCUGCCAAAACAAACGGAGGGCUCUUUGUCCUUCUUACCGCCCUAAGGCCCAUGGUCCUGCCAGGAAGAGACAGAGGGUACACAGAUACCUGACGCUAGCUCACCAUUAAGCUUGUGCUCCCACCGACGAUGUACCCAGGAACAGCGGAUUUGCUUAAAUCACAGGCAGGUGCCAUGGUGGCCUGACCCAGAGUUGGACUCUAUAUGAUGGCUUAUUCAGGGUAUCGGAUGAUCCCCUGAUGGCAAAGACUCAGCCUGUACAACAACUACCAUCUUGUUUUUAUUAUGUGUUUUUCUCUUCUAUUUCUGAUUUCUGUUUUCUAGUUUCUCCCCUAAUCCUUUUUGAACAAUGCAUAGUACCCAGUGGUAUCAAUACUACUUUUAUCUGACAGUCUAGCCAGACUGAAUUAUUUCACCUCUGAAACUCUCCUUCUGAGAGGCUUUCUCUGCCUGUGAGUUCCAUACUCUUUCUUAGGUCAUGAGGACUGAUUUAGGAACCACUGCUCUAUACUAUCACAAUAGAAACUGAAACAGAUUUUAGUAGGCUAUAGGGACAUAUGGGGAAAAUCCAUUAAUUAUUUAAUGGAUAAUAGAUUUCCUAGAAGCUGCCAAUAUGACCCCAAAAUUGUUGUCACAAACUGCAAUCUAAAAUACUUGAAGCAAUUGGUUUGAAUGGAAUAAGCAUAUAUAUAUAUUUGUUGGCUUAAUUUCUCCAUGCUGCGCCAUGUUGGUUUAAUUUCUCCAUGUUUCUGUUAUGGUUUUUGUCAUGUUUUGUAUCUUACUAACCAUUAGUUAGUACUAACCAUUAUAAAUUUGAUGAACACAUGUACUUUCACAACCAUAAAAUAAUUUUUAUUAUUGACCUGGGCAUUUACUAGUGCUGGUACCUCAACGCUUUAUUUCUUCUUUGUCUCCAGCUGUCUGUACCAUCUGAUGCCUCAGAUCUCUUGUCCUGGCUGAGCACUGAGGAGGUUCUACCCCCUUUCUGCAGGUGUGUUAUCAGCAGCACCCACAAUUCAGUUUCCUCAGGCUCAUCAUAUAUCAUGCACCUGGAACCUCUUUCCCUGGAAUCUGCACAAAACCUGGCAGUCAUGUACCUAUCUCGCUAUACCAAGGUGACAGUGUGCUUUAAAUGUUGAGGCACGGGGAAAGUCAAUGGAGGAAAAAAAGAUCAAGAAUAGGGAAAUAAAUAAAAUAGUGGGAAGAUAGAAACACUAAUCAGAUGGUGAGAAAAAAAAAAGAAUCAGAAAAAGACGGUUUUGAAAACUGAUAUACAAUAGUGACCAAAGCCUGGGAAACUGAUCUGAAUUUCUUGAUAUGGGUAACUAGGUAAAGAGAUUCUGAUUACUGCUGAAAAUAGUUCAUCACAAUAGUAUAGAGAAGGGAAAUUUUAUUUAGCAAAACCAGUGAACAUUUUCAAUAAAUCAAUUAUAUAGUAUUGAAAAUACUGUCUUUCAUCUGUGGUGUGCAGGAACUGAGCUCAAAGCAGCUCCACCUGCUACUUCAGAAGACUUCUUCCCAGAAUCCUCUAUGGCUUACCAUGGCUUGUGAAGAGCUACGUGUUUUUGGGGAGUUUAAGAUGCUUACGCAGAAGAUUGCUGGAUUUCCUGACACAUUACAAGGAUUAUUAGAAAAUAUUAUCCAAAGGCUUGUCCAGGAAGACCAGAGUGCCCGAGUUAAGGAGGUGAAAAGACAGCUACAUUUUAUACAUGUUACACAUUUGCCUAUGUAACAUAUACACACGCUGUUUGCACACUAUGUUAUAGUGCAGGUUUAUAAGCAAUGUAACUGUUUUGCUGCAAAUGGAUAAGGAAACAUGCUUUCAGUGUAUGUAUGUGCAGUAUAUAUAUAUAUAUAUAUAUAUAUAUGUUUAUUUUUAAUAUAUUUCUUUUUGGUAGAUGCUGGUAUAACAAGUGGUUUUUCUUAUGAAUAUCUUUUUACAGUUGUUGUGUCUGUUAUAUUGCUGCUCAGAAAGUGUGGUGGAGAAGGACCUCCAGGGUUCCUUGUCUUAUUUAGAACGUGGUCCUGAGAUACCCAGCAUGCAUUGGGCCACACUACGCAGAACCAUAAAAUGUCUAAUUCGAGCAAGCCGAGAUCACAGAGGGAGGGACAAACUGAGUUUUUUCCAUGGUAGCGUGGCAAAGGUAACCAGCAAGUGCCAGUAAGAGAGUCAUAUGUUAAAAAAAAACAAUACAUAGGGAUUGAUAAAUGGCAUGCCUACUGUUUAGUAUUGUGGGUUAUAUAGUAUUGUGUAUAACUGGAGCAAAAAUGUUGACCCGUAUUUACUGUUUUAACUUAAAGGACGACUCUAGGCACCCAGACCACUUCAGCUUAAUGAAGUGGUCUGGGUGCCAGGUCCCACUAUGAUUAACCCCUUUUUUUUUAUAAACCUAGCAGUUUCAGAGAAACUGCUAUGUUUAUAAAUGGGUUAAUACAGCCUCCAAAUCCUCUAGUGGCUGUCUCAUUGACAGCCGCUAGAGGCGCUUGCGUGCUUCUCACUGUGAAAAUCACAGUGAGAACACGCAAGCGUCCAUAGGAAAGCAUUGUAAAUGCUUUCCUAUGAGACCAGCUGAAUGCGCGCGCAGCUCCUGCUGCGCAUGCGCAUUCAGCAAAAGAGGAGGAUCGGACACUGAGAGGAGGAGGAGAGCUCCCCGCCCGGCGCUGGAAUAAAGGUAAGUUCAACCCUUUUCCUCUCCAUCCAGCCCGGCGGGAGGGGGACCCUGAGGGUGGGAGCACCCUCAGGGCACUAUAGUGCCAAGAAAACGAGUAUGUUUUCCUGGCACUAUAGUGGUCCUUUAAAACCUAGCAUUUCCAGAUUACAUAUCAUUUGGCUAUGGAAACAUGUUCAAUUUAGAAUGAAUAGAUUGUAUUCUUCCUUGGGAGUUUCUAUAUUAUCUGUAUGUAUGUUAUGUCUGUAGUGAUUGUUAUGUAUUAACAAACUGUUCCUAUUAGUUACAUAGUUACAUAAGCUGAAAAGAGACAUGCAUCCAUCAAGUUCAGCCUUCCACACAUCUGUUUUUUUGCUGUUGAUCCAAAAAAAAAACAACAAAAAAAAGUUAGAAGCACUUCCAAUUUAGCAACAAACUUGGAAAAAAAUCUCCAGAAUGGCAUUUAGAUUUAUCUUUGGAUCAAGAAGCUAUUACCCUACAGCUGAAAAAUUAUAUAAUUGAAUAUUUUAUUUUUGCAAGUAGGCAUGUAGUUGCUGUUUAAACGUCUGUACAACCUCUGAUAAAACCACUUCUUCAGGCUAAGAAUUCCACAUCCUUAUUGUUCUUAAGGUAAAAUUAUAAAAAUAUGCAGUUUGUAAACUUAUCUUGCAUGAAGAAUACAUUUGAUCUUUUAUGUCUACAGGCAGUGGAGCAGAGUUUCUUGACAGCAGACACAUCCCGUCAGCCUUACCUCUGCAGCCUGUCUGAUUAUUAUGAGAACAUAUGUUCUGAUGACGCCACUGUGGUGUCCCAUUUGCCCCGUCUACUGCAGGAGGCUAAACUGAACAAUCGCCUGGUCCAGUUCUUGAGAAAGGAUCAACGUGCCAAGUCUAUCCAAGCUCACAUACGUGCUCAGUAUUUGAAGGUAACUGAACUGCAUUAAUUUACAUGUCUAAUUGCCUGAAGUUCACAAAGAAUCACUAUUAUUAUAAUAUCAUCUAAAAAAACAAAAAAGCAUUGCUUGCCUACAUUCCCACACAGUUAAUAUUCAUCAACAGCAUAGUUUUUCUCCGAGGCCCUCUACAGCAUUCAAUCUUUGUGACAAAUUUGCAAUUCACAACUUCCGGUUCCGCCAUCUUAGCUGGACACGUUUUACCUCCACUCCAUCAUCUGAUUUCACAAUCUGCUUCCAUCCAGUGUUGACGAAAGCAUAAUUUUGUAGUUUCUGGCCUAUAUUGCAUGCCUAAUGGACUCUGCGGUCGAUCCGCAUUUGUAGUCUGUGCUCACCCUUCAUCACUGCAGGUGCAAAUUGACGGAAGUCGAGGCCUGUGGGGUAGGCCUCAACCUUUAGCGUAGGGUACGGAGGCAGUGGGCACACAAUCCUGGGCCAAAUCUACCAAAUCUAUCAUGAUUGUACUGCCAAUGCAUCUAUUUCUGACAAGGAGCACAUAAUAAUCGCGAUAGGUACUACACCAUCAUCGACUACCUGUAUUACGAGUGGUUCAUCUCACAUACCAGGUUUAUUGUGAUCCAUUGCUCACACACUGUAAAUAUCGACCAAUCUGUCCUCAAAGUAUGUUAUCCUGCCCAGGCCACUCUAAGAUUUUCCAGAGCUUAGCGCUUUAAGGCACUCUUUGAAGGAUACUCCUCAUCAAUACAGCUUUAUAUAUUCUCAAUUGCCUUCUCACACCAGCAAUCUCCACCACUAGCUCAUGUGCAUACUUUAGUUAUUUAUGCUUUGUUUUCAUUUUAUUUUUGCCUGCAACUUAACAUCCACGUGCUUGCAUAGAACACGCAUAACUGUGCUCAGCUGGGCCUGCUCCUCACUCAUACCAUUAAACCUGCCCAGCAACUCUGGCUGCAGUAAGAUUUAUUCACACAGGCUUCCAUCGUCCCUUGUGUAAUUUUUCCAAAGGUUUACCAGAUUGGUCAAACGCAGCCUCAUUACAAUCCUAGCUGACAUAUUCUCACAGGUUGUUCCUACAUACAUCAAAAUAUUAGUCUGUGGCUCCACUCAAGCAGGUGUGUAUACUGUGGUUGACCAUUUGUUGUGGUUUUUACCUUCCAUUAAAAACUGGUGCUCAGGCAACACUGUCGGAUAGACCCAUCACACUCAGACCAUCACCAGCUAUCACCAGCUUGUGCCUCCACUAAUGCAUAAUUUUCUCAGGAGGGAUACCACAGGUGAACCUGUGCAAGAGUGGCUACAUCUGACCACCGGGCAAUUUUAGCUGACAAGUACCCAAUACUCUAUCAAUGUGCCAAUCUAAGUACUAACCAACACAUUCUAUAUUCAUAUAAUCUCUUAAAGCUACAACCAUGCUCUAACCAAAUAACCUCACUUGCUGGUCCUCAAUUCUCGACCUGACCACUACUCAACAUCACUUAUUGUACACUGAGAGUCUAUUUCUAGGUGGUCUCGGUCAACAUCUAUAUGACUACAUAAUCCAAUUAGGGACUUGUUGGUGAUCUAUUAUGUUUAGGAGAUUGAGGUGAAGAAUGUGAUCGUACAAAUCUGCCUAACUUACAACAUUUACCUAGUUACUCUGAAUAUUUAGCUUACCUAAUUCCUGGCAGCUACUACUGUACUCCCUCUCUACUCUUUUCUAUAUUGCUAAUCCUCUUCUGCCAAAUCUCUGUCUAUCAAACUCAACUCACUGGGGCUAUCACACCCGUUAUAGUUCUAGCACGACAUUUUUUUGCAGAUCGCUUACACUCCCUUUCACAUACUGAUUCUACUACAUCUCACUCACUAUCCUAGGCCAGGGAUGAUCACAAAGGACAUUUGUACUCUCAGACCAGACCACACAUUCUCAAUACACAACUGAAUCAAAGAGCACCUUCUCAGCCAACCUGCAAUCAACCUCCUAUCAACUCACAUCCUUUUCAAACACCCAACAAAAACUCACAUCAUCCCAUAUCGCUUGACAUCACGCUUACAUUUGAUUUCGCUUUUCUCUUCCUUUCCCUUUCUUCCUUUUCUCUUUUUCUUAUACCCUUUAUUUCUUUGUUAUGGAUAAAUUCAUAGACAAAACGCUUUCCUCAAAGCAAGAUAUAAGGACCAACCAAUAAACAACAUCUCAAAGAACCGCCACCACCCUCUACUCUUGCCCUUUGUUUUCAAGACUCGGAUUCAGAUGAACAUUUUUCUCAAUUUCUUUCUGUUUCCACUCUCAUUUCACAACAAGCCUCAGAAACAUCUUGUGAGGUCUCCAACCUUCCUAAACCAAUCUUUGAAUCCAAAUUCAAGGACAUUAAAGAAUCUAUUGAUAGUGCAGUCAAUCUACUUCAAACUCAUACCUUCCAAACUACUCAGUUGGAAACUCGACAGAACACAACUGAAGAAGAAUUACACCAACUGUAAUCCACGAUAAGACAGCAACAAACUGGCUGAUCUUGAAAACUGCAGUAGAAGAAACAAUUUACCAUCUGUUGGCUUUCCAGAAUCCUUGAAAACAGGUGAUUUUAUUUCUACUGUUGAGACCUAGUUACUGGAUAUUCUCCAAAUAGCCACCACAUCCACUUCCUUUCUUACCAUCGAGUGGACUUGGCCCAGAAAGAUCUGAUAAAACCUCCAAACAACGAGCCAUUGUAGCAAAGUUUUUGAACUUCAACAACACUGUACGCAUUCUUACAGCUUAUAAGGAAACCUAUCAAGAUAACAAAAUCUUCAUCUUUAAAGAUCACUCGGCACAGGUCACCCAAAGAUGCCGAGCAUUGACCAAUUUGUUCAGCACUUCACAACCAAAUGUAUCCUGCUACAUUACGCCUAAGCAUCGCAAACCGUUCUCUCUCCACCACAUCCGUGUAAGAAGCAACAGCCUUCCUAAACAAUGUUCUACUAAUUGAUAAUUUUUUUUGCCAAUGCCCUCAGCCCAUUCUUCACCUACUAGGGAAGAGUAGUAAUUCCCACAUGUCACUUCUUCUUGGUUCAGGUUUUUGUAUAUGCCUUCUAAAUAGCCCAUAAAUUCCACCAGACGUGGCAAUUUACAUCUCCACCCAGGACCAUUUAUUUCAGUCUAAAAUCAGAGCAACACUGAAGUACCCAGCAUGGUUCUCAGCAGAGCUGGUAGUGUGUUGUGACCCAUUACAAAAUAUAUCUUAAGAUAUCAGUUAUCCAUACGGUCUUUAUGGUCGUUGGAAUGAUGGGGGGCACGUUUAUUAUGUUUUUAGAGUUUAAUUACUUUGUUACAUAACCAAACAAGUUUUGACUUAUGGUUUGGUGCUCCAACUCUUGAUCUUAGUGAUGGCCCCACACCCCAAGACAAUAUUUUCACAGUAAGUAGUUCUCUUCCUCAAAAGAGAAGACAGGGCAAAAGGGGGGGGGCUUUGGUUGGGCAGUGUUUCACUGUUAUUGUGUAAGGGUUACAACUCUUUUCCUUUGUAAUAGAGAAUUUUUAAUAUUUGAAAUGUUUGGAAUGUAGAAUGAUGAAUGACAUGUAAGCUUAACUUUUCAUAGUGGUUAUUUACUGCAUGUUAUCAGUGUAAUUGCUUAUAUAUGACAUACCUAUUAAAAAUUACUUUUCAAAAAAUAAAUAAAUUACCAGCCGUUUUAUUGGGUGUUGAUAGUGGAGAUGAUGAUCUCAUUGACUCUUUAUGGUGUCUAUGUUUUGGGCAGGGUCUACGUUGCUCUAUGAUGUGCAGGGAAGGAUUUCCCAGGAAGCCAGCAAUGAUCUGUGCAUUUUGUUCUCUAAAGUCUGGUGCAUUUGGACAGGUGAGUUAAAUGUAUGAAACUUGUGUUUUACUGCAUUAAAACUCUAUUCUUACCUUUCUUUCAAAGAACCUGUCACCUAAUGCAUGGUUUCAUCAGGAUAGUCUGUUACUUUUCAUCCUAAGGGUGCGGAGUGUCUUGAUGAUCAAAUACCGAUUUCAGUUGUAAUGGUGAUUAUAAUAAACAAUUUCUGUGUACUGAUCCAUUUCUGCUUGGCUUGACCACUUAUAGCUUUCUUUACCUGUGCAGGCUAAAAUAAGUUAUUGGUAGCAACAAAGAUUCUGUAUUCAUCAUUUGUUACUUUUUAUUUUUCCCUGUCCUCGUUCUUUCUUUCUUGGUCAAUUCUUUUCAAAUUUGUCUUCACUUUGUAACUGUUGCUUGCUGUGUGUUUUUCUGCCCUUAUCUCACUUUUGUUGUUUACUUUAUUACCUUUCCCAUUCCUCUUCAAGCAAAUCCUAUUUGUAAUAUCUGUGUUUUCGUUAUAGUUUUUUCCCAACAGCCAGAGCUGUGCUGUGUGUGGUUCACAUGCUGCCUAUAUGGGUAAAGAGGCCUUUCAGUGUCCUCAACACUACAGGUAACAACAGGACUUUUCCUCAGCAAGACAUUUCCAACCCUAUACCUUUUUUUUUUUUUUUUUUUUUAACAUAUUCUCUCUUUCUAGCCAUGGAAGAAAUGAUUGUCUUGUUUGUAAAAAUAUCAUCCUGGGCCCACAGUCUCCAAUGCCAGCCUUGCUGUGUAACACAUGUGGCUUCUUACAAACUUGUAUUGCUCUCAAGACAUAA